AUGGCUUACUACCACCACCACCACCGAGUCAACUUGACGAGUGUGGUGGUGGUAGUAAGCCAUGCUUCUCUACCUUCUGAAGGUUACUGGAAGUUGGUUUUGUCUCAUACUCCCAUGCCCAAAGCUGUGAAGGAUCACUUGCAGCCUGGCGUAACUUCUUUCAAUGCUUCUGCUGCCAGAUGUUUUGGGAUUCACAAUCAGUUCAACAAAAUCCCUCAACCAUUCCAUGCAAAGCAGGCUCAAGAUGGCUUAAAUAUAGGUAACUUCUUCUUGCAAAUAGAUCUGCACCCAGGUACAAAAAUGAUGCUGCAGUUGCCACAAAGUACAAAUGAAGGUAUGUUCUUGCCUUGUCAAGUUGCUGACUCCAUAUCCUUUUCAUCUAAGAAGUUACCCAAAAUUUUGAACCGGCUUUCAGUGAAGGAAAAAUCUGCAGAAGCUGAGCUGAUGAAGAAGGAGAUAGAAGAGUAGUGUGAGGAGGCUGCCAUUGAUGGAGAAUCUAGGUUCUGUGCAACAUCAUUAGAGUCCCUAAUCGAUUUCAGCACUUCAAAGCUCGGAAGAAAUGUGAAUGUGCUGACGAAUGAGGUCAAAACGGGAAGCCAAGAGUAUGAAUUUGGAGUGGGAAUGAAGAAGGUUGCAGACAAAUCAGUGGUGUGCCAUAAGAUGAACUACCCAUAUGCUGUUUUCUAUUGCCAUACCUUCACUAAGACACGAACUUACAUGAUUCCAUUGGUGGGUGCUGAUGGAAGCAAAGCUAGAGCCAUGGCAGCUUGUCACAGUGAUACAUCAGCUUGGCACCCACAGCAUGUGGCCUUCCAAGUGCUCAAAAUUAAGCCAGGAACGGUUGCAGUCUAUCAUUUCCUUCACAACAAUGCCAUGGUCUGGAUUCCAAAGUAAGAAUCAGCCUCAAGCCUCAAGCCUCAAGCCCAGUUGCAUUAUCAGUUCCAUCUUAAAGCUGUUUGUAGUAUGAAUGGUUAGAAUAAAUGCAGGUUCGAGGAUUAAUGUGUGUAGUGUGCAAUUGAUGCUAUGUAUUCAUCAAUGUUUCCAGGUUGAUUAAUUAAGGAGUAUUAUGGUAUAUAUA